UUUGUCAUAUUGAAAUGUUUGUAUUUCUUGUUAAAAAGUACUUCAGUAAUCUGAAAUUGAUUGUUAAAUUGAUUCUUAAGACGAUCACAGGAUGACAGGGAAAGACAGACUGAAAGUGAGAAUGGAGAGGAAUCUGUCCCUUCCACCAGUGGGGCAAGUCGCAGCUCUUCACGGCAACAAGUUGCAGAUAUAGUGGUGACACUGGAGACAGGUUCAGAUCAGGCUGGUCCUUCAACUGCUCUAAGCACACAGCAGCCUAAUCCUCCAGAUAUUCAGAGGGACCUCGGACAUGCUUGGAUUACAGAAGUAGUUCCAGCCAAAGCGUCUGAGCUGUACAUUGAGUCAGUACAUGAAGCAAACAAGGAUAAAGAGAGUCUUUCAUUUACCCUGAGUUUAAGAGAUACCCUGAAGGAAAGGAACCAUUCUGAGAUUCUACAAAAGGCCACGGGUGCAGUGGACUAACCCACUGCGAUGUCAUCUCAUAGGUGAUGCUGCCAUUGGAGAGGGUGUUAAUAGACAUGUACUUUCAAUAGUCAUGUCAAACCUUCAGAAUGGAUUCUUGCUUGAUGACGAAACUGAACUGAAGACAUUGCUGUUUGAGGGUGAGCAGGACCAUCUCACUCCCUCUACAUUGAGGCUGCUCCUAGAAAGCGACUUUUUCGUGGUGGCGGGUCGAAUUAUCGGCCACAGCUUUCUGAAUGGUGGUCCUUGUCUGGUUGGUCUCAGCCAAGGAAUCAUCCAUGUGCUGUUUGGAGGGGAACCAGAAACAGCCACUGUAACUGAGUCAGAUUGUGCUGACCAAGAUGUCCGUGAGGUCAUAAGAAUGUUACAGGGAACAAAGGAUUUGUCAGAGGAGGAGAAAUCCGUGGUUCUCUCUUUGACGUUGCCAUGGGAUCUUCCUGGAGUUACAGUCAAUAACAGACAUUGGCUCCAAGAAAAAAUACUCCUCCAUGCUGUUUUGGAAAGAACAGCACAACAGGUGAAACAAAUCCGAAGAGGGCUGAAAGACACAGGUGUGUGGGAAUUUUUCAGUUCCAGGCCUGAUGCUGUGCCAGUACUUUUUCCAAGGGCCAGUGAGGCAGAGAUAACCCCACAGAUGGUAAUCGAUAACAUAAACUGGCCUAAAGAUGAAGAUAUAGAUGAAGACAUACUCUCGUUGGAUGAUCACUGUCUGAUCAUGAGCUUCCUCCGAAGAUUCAUAGAAAAUGGAACAUCAGACAUCCUCAAGUGUUUACUAACAUUCUGGACUGGCUGGGGUGUGCUAUGCUCCAAUCUCGAGGUCGAAGUUAUUGACUGCAGUCUCCCACAGUCGUCCACUUGCUUCCUGACUUUGAAGCUACCCAAAAACCACAAAAACUAUGAAGACUUCCACCAAGACCUUAUGGCAAGCAUUUCUGCGGCCUAUUCUGGUUUUGGUCAGAUUUAGGCUGGGCCAUUUAAACAACGAAUGUUGUUGGUUAUUGGUAUUAUUACUUUUAAAUUGUUCUUAUGGUUCAGUCUCUUGAUAGAUAUGGAUAUUCUGGAAUAAUCCACUUGUUAAUUAUGUAUUAGAAUUUGACAGUACUCAGCGUUGUUGUUGUUCUGAUCAACUAUAAAAACAGUUCCAUAUUAUUGUAGGACGUUUUCUGAAAACAUUUGCUUAAAAAAAGAGAUUAGACCAACAAAGUCAUGAAUAGACAUAGCUUAAUUACAAACGGUUAAAUCUGAUAUUAUCAACGAAUUCUUAAUGAAAGCUGAAAUGGUUUCAUAACAGUGAUUUUAUUACAUAUAUACAUAUCUGUGCAAAACAGGUCAAUGUUCACGUUU